UGUAUAAAAUACUGGGAAUUAAAAUUAAAAUUUUUGUGAUUCCAAGUCCAUUGAUUUUAGUGUCUUUUAAGUGCAGAGGACUGCAAUCUCUAUAAAUUUCGAUAACAACCGUUAGUGUUGAAAAUCACCGUUUUAAACAGUGCCUGAAAACUCCGGCUAAUUUACAAAUUGUACAUUGAAAUAUUAGUUUUUGUACCAUGUCUGCGCCGGCCACGGAGGAGGAAUCGGCGGAGAGUGCCGCGGAGCACGACUCCACCGAACUGAAGAGCUCGGAGGAGGUGGAGGCCUGCGAACGGAGGCAGUUGCUCCAGUACGUGGAAAAGCUACACGGAGUAAUCCGUAAAUGCGACAAAAAACUGGCGGCCUAUAAACAAAAGCUGAGAUUCUUUCUUACCCAAGAUGAGAAGAGUUUCCGCGACAAAGCCAUGCAGACCUCCGAAACGGACUUCCAGGAAAUCCGGAAUUCCAUCGAAAGAGAAGCAGAGGAGACCGGCGAGAUGAAGGAGCCAAAUGAAAAAGCCAGCGAAUUAUCGGCAACGGACGCCUUCAGCUUUGUGGACGAGAUGCGGCAGGCGGCCAGGCAUGCCGAAAACCUGAACAACUUCGUCUACGAGCCCACCUCGGGCAUGUACUACGAUCCCAAGACGGGCUACUACUAUAAUGCGGAGUACGGGUUGUACUACGACGGGAGUACCGGUUGCUAUUACAACUACGAUCAUGCCAAGGACUCGUACGAGUUCCACUCGCAGGCCCAAGUCCAGGCAAACGAACCGGCCAAGUCGGAAGCGGAGGACGAUCCCGUGGAGUUCGAUGAGCACGGAGGCGUCAUCACGGACCGCAACACACUCGAUAAAAUCAAGGCUGAAAAGCAGAAGGCCAAAGAGCAGGCCGAGAAGACCAAGCGCAAGGCUAAGCGAAAGAAGAAGGACAAGAAGCACAGCAAGAAGAAGCGCAAGAAGGAGCGCCGUCGCAAGUCCAAGAGGCGUCAUAAGGAUUCAGGCGAUGGGGAAUCGGAUGAAACGGAUGAGGAUGCCGAAGAGGGGGAGCUCUCCCAGAGCAGCUCUAGUUCCAAUUCCAGCGAGGACAGCGCUGGGACUAAUAGCGACACGGAGGACAGCAGUGUGCCGGUGUUCAAGGCCGCCGGCCGCUUUCAAGAUAUAGCCAAAAGGUAUCCGCCCUCUUUGCGCAUCAUUGUCCAGGAAUCAAGUAUGGAGGCCUUGAAGGUGGGCAGCCUGCAUCUAAUCACCUUUAAAGGUGGCACUUUGGGACGCGAGGGAGCCCACGAUGUCAUCAUACCCGACGUGAACGUGAGCAAGGCUCACUUGAAGUUCCACUACGAAAAUAAAUCGGGCAUCUACAAGUGUCAGGAUCUGGGUUCCCGCAACGGAACCAUUCUCAAUGGCUCCCCCAUGGCCAAAGAUGCCAUGGAUCUGGUCCAUGGCAGUGUCAUAACGCUGGGACAAACGAAACUCCUGUGCCAUGUGCACGAGGGCAACAGCACCUGCGGACUAUGUGAGCCAGGUCUGCUGAUAGAGACUCCAACGCCAGUGGUGGCCACAACCAUGGCGUCUACGGGCACAGUCCUAACGCACAAGGAGCAGCUAAAAAAGCUGCAAAGGAAAUAUGGACUGGAAAAUGAGAAAUUUGUAGAAUCCAGUGGCAAUGGUCAGUCGGCGCCCAACUACAAAGAUAGGGCUGCCACGAGGCGCGUCAAUGUGGGCAGCAGCACGGAUAAGGAAAAGACUGAGGUGGCCUGCGUCAACACGGAAAUUGGCAGCUCCAACAAGGGUUUCAAAAUGCUCAGCAAACUGGGCUGGCAAAAGGGCGAUACUUUGGGCAAGACCAAUGCCAGUGCGGGGCUCUUAGCACCGAUCAAUGUGGUGGCCAAUGAAGGCACUAGCGGCCUGGGAAAUACCGAUCCCGUUCCCACCGCCUCGAGGACAAUGGACAAGAGGAAAUUGGCCAACUUGAAAAUCACCCAGGCGCGUUAUCAGCGGGCCCAGGACAUCUUCGAUCAAUCCGACGAAAGCGAUUAA